CUUCACCCAUCUCACGGCCCAGCAUUGCAGCCAUUACCAGAAGUAACUCACCCAACCCCCAAGUUCCUAAAACCCUGCUUCUCAUCCCUCCAUUGGCCCUAAAACCCAUCAUCCCCUUCACUAACAGAGCUCCUCACCCUCUUGACAGCCACCACCUCCUCCUUCCCUCCUCACCCUCUUUUGUUGUUUGAACACUCUGAAGCCAAGUCUUGACCGCCCUUUGCUUCAGUUCUUCUUCCGCUGCUUUGCUCCCGAUUUGGCCACGAAUCAGAGAGGUUGUCUUGUGAAAGAUGAGUCUCAUAUCUCAAAAUAUUCCGUCGGCUUUUAAAGCUCGCAAGACUAAUAGGGAGGAUACAGAUGAGCCAUCAUUUCUGCAAGGGAAUGAACACAAUGGAGAUGGAAAAGAAUCUAGUUUAGAUAUUAUGAGGACAAAGAAGAGAAAGAAAGCACGCAAGGAUGAUGAUGAGAAGGUGGCAGUUGAGCAGGAAAGGGAAAUGAAGAAGCUGGAAAGCUUUUUGUUUGGAUCAAUUUAUUCCCCAGUUAAAUUUGGGAAGGAUGAUGAGGAGGAAGCUGGGGACACUGUGGAUAAAGGCUCUGCUUUAUUCUUCGUGGACCGUUCUGCAAAUAGUUUGGCCCCUAUUUAUGAAGAGGAUGCGGACUUCUCGGAAGAGGAGAAUAAGGAAAGGAAACCUGUCUGGGUGGAUGAUGAAGAGGAAAAGGCCAACAUAAAUAUUGCUAAAGUUAACAGACUAAGGAAGCUGAGGAAGGAAGAGGAUGAGAGUUUGAUUUCGGGUUCAGAGUAUGUGUUAAGAUUGAGGGCUCAACAUGCUAAGCUGAACCCAGGCACAGAAUGGUCUCAACUUGAUUCAAAGUUGAGGAACAAUAGAUAUUCUGAUGAUGAAUCAUCAGAUGGCGAAAAUGGGGCAGUAGUGGCCCGUGGCUACAAGGAUGUAGAAGCUUUUGAUGAUCUUCUUCGUACAAAUGAGGAUCUUGUUGUGAAGAGCAGUGGCAAAUUGUUGCCUGGACUUCUUGAAUAUUCAGUACUUGUGAAUGGAAAUGCAGAGGAACCUUCUAAAGGUCCAAUUAAUUCAGUACAGUUUCAUAGAAAUGCUCAGUUGCUCCUCACUGCUGGGUUGGAUCGAAGGCUUAGGUUUUUUCAGAUUGAUGGAAAACGGAAUACUAAAAUAGAAAGCAUUUUCCUUGAUGAUUGUCCCAUUCGAAAGGCAUCUUUUUUGCCUGAUGGAUCUCAGGUUAUUAUAGCUGGAAGGAGGAACUUCUUUUACAGCUUUGAUUUAGAGAAGGCAAAGGUUGAUAAAAUAGGUCCCCUGGUUGGUAGAGAGGAAAAAAGCUUAGAAGUUUUUGAGGUUUCCCCUGAUUCUAGCACAAUUGCCUUUGUGGGCAAUGAAGGUUAUAUCUUGUUGGUUUCCUCUAAAACGAAGGAAUUGAUUGGGACACUCAAGAUGAAUGGAACUGUUCGCUCUUUAUCUUUUGCCAAUGAUGGGAAGCAAUUAUUGAGCUCCGGCGGUGAUGGACAGGUUUACCACUGGGAUCUGAGAACAGGGGCCUGCUUCCACAAGGCAGUUGAUGAAGGUUGCAUAAAUGGUACAGCUCUAUGUACAUCUCCAAAUGGGACCAUGUUUGCAGCUGGUUCAGACAGUGGGAUUGUCAAUAUCUACAAUAGAGAGGAGUUUUUAGGGGGAAAGAGAAAACCUAUCAAGGCCAUCGAGAAUCUUACAACCAAAGUAGAUUUUCUGAAGUUCAAUAAUGAUGCUCAAAUAUUGGCUAUUUGUUCAAGCAUGCAGAAGAACAGCUUAAAGUUGGUACAUGUUCCAUCAUUUACUGUAUUUUCCAACUGGCCUCCUCAGAAAAAGGCCCUACAUUAUCCCCGAUGUUUGGAUUUUAGUCCUGGCGGAGGCAUCAUGGCUGUGGGUAAUGCUGCUGGAAAAGUGUUAUUGUACAAGUUGCAUCAUUACCAUCAUGCAUAGGGUGAAUGUUGUGAGGGGCAGUAAUGGAUCACUUAUAGGUAAGGUUUACCGACAUUUCCAAUUAAAUUGGUCUAGAAAGAGUUUAUCUUGGGAUUCACUUAAAGGUGCCAUUCUUCAAGUGCUAGGAUGGCUUCUUUUUCCAGACAAAUUGCUGCUCUAGUUUUGACCUAUAAUGUAUUUCUCUCCUUUUUUCCGGACGUGUUACCAAAUUUUCAUUAAAUUUUUUGGCAGUCUUUUUUUUGGUGGCAAGGUCUGCACAUUUCAUGUAAUUCCCUUCUUUCAUUCCAAUCAAUUUUAUUGCAAGAACCGCCAAUGUUUUCUGCUACACCCGUAUUUUAUACAUGACAGGUUGGUAAGCCACGAGUCAGGCGGUUGUAGCAGGUAUGGUUUUGAAUCAUAUUGUGUAGGUGCAAGCGACCAGUUUUUGCACAGAAAUAGUCGCAUGGGAGAUAAUGUAUUGUGGUGCAUUGUAAUUUUUGCCUCUCUGCGCCUCUGAACCUCAUUUGUACCCAACACAAAAUGUGUUAUGAAGCAAAUAUAAUUGUAUGUCAUAUCUUA